ACAACAAAUACAGUUGGAUUGGGAUUAGCUCAAUUAGUUAGGAGAAGGCCCAAUACUCACUUUCUCUCUCUCUGUCUCUCUCGUUCUCUCCGAGUCAACACCCGGUGACUCUGUACGCCAUAACUUUACCUAUAGAUACAAGUAGUGUGUAUGAAUCCGAUUGAGGAUAGUAAUCGGACGCUAAUGGAACAGCAAGACGGCGGCGCUGGCCUUACGAAGUCGGCGGCGGUUGGGGCGUGCACUGCCAUGGCCGUGUUUUACGUUGCAAUCCUAUAUUCUCCGACGCUGAUUCUUCGAUUACCCCCGCCGAAUUCCUUCAAAUCCUUCAUGAUUCGACGCUUCGUAUGCGCCGGUGUGUCCUCCCUCGUCUCCCUUAUCGUCUGUUCUCUCAUCCUCCCUAUAAGAAGGUGGGAUGCAUCAAAUCUUUUGUGGGUGUAUGGCAUCCGAGUGGAUCACAUUUGGCAAUCUUUGGUCUUUCCUCUUUCUCUGACUUCCUUCAUGUAUUCUGGAUCCUUUGCCUGGAAGCUCUUGUCAAUGCUCCAAGCAAGCAAUGAACAUUUGAAUAGUGGUGGAAAUGAAUUGGUUAGCAGUUUCCGGAAGCUCAUUGAUUGGGUACUUUCACUGACUUCCAGUGUGUCAUCCUGGCGGAACUAUUUUGUGGCACCACUUACAGAAGAGUUGGUAUUCAGAGCUUGUAUGAUUCCUCUGCUACUUUGUGGAGGUUUCAGUACCUACACUGUCAUAUUUCUCUGCCCCAUAUUUUUCAGUUUAGCUCAUUUGAACCACUUACUGGAGUACUAUUACCAACAUAACUGCAGCUUAAUCAAAGCUUGCAUGGUUGUAGGUGUCCAGCUAGGGUACACUGUCAUCUUUGGGGCAUAUGCAUCGUUUCUUCUUGUGCGUACUGGGCAUCUAACUGCUCCACUGAUCGCUCACAUAUUUUGCAACUUUAUGGGCUUGCCUGUGAUAGUGUCCCGUGGAUCUGGAUUAGUAACUGUUGCAUUUGUGAUGGGGAUGCUGGGUUUCUUCUGGAUGCUUUUCCCAUUCACAAGUCCACAUUUAUAUAACAGUAGGACUGACAAUUGCAAGUGUUGGCAUAGAUAUUGUCAUUGGACCUAACACUAAAACACGAUUUUGUGAAAAAGGUUGCUGUGAGUUGGUGGUCUGAGGGGAUGAUAUUGGUAGUACUUUUAUUACUUCCCUCCAUUUGUGGAGAUACUGCUGUAUUUUUCGAGCAGCUUAUAAUGUUCUGUAAUGUUGUACUAUUACACAACUUGAUUCUUGAGUAUGGAGUGGGUAAACAAAGAAAAAUGAGGUCAAAAGCAAAUGACGGCUGUACCAUUCUUGCAGGGUCGAAUUAUCAGAAAUAUAUGAUGACUCUAGACCAUACAGCAUUUA